AAGCAAGCAAGCAGCAGGCAAUUGCUAGCACUCGUACAAGAAGCAAACCCCGCAGAGAUCUUAAUUACUAGCUAGUCGCUUAAUUCGAUCCUUCACAUGGAGCAUGUGGCAAGGCUGGCAUCGCAGCGUGCAGUGGUGAUCUUCAGCACGAGCUCCUGCUGCAUGUGUCACACUGUGACGCAGCUGUUCCGCGAGCUAGGGGUGAACACGAUGGUGGUGGAGUUGGACAAGGACCCGCGGGGGAACGAGAUGGAGAAAGGGCUGGCCAGGCUACUGGGCCGCAGUGCCGGCGUACCAGCAGUGUUCAUCGGCGGCAGGCUCGUCGGCUCCACGGACAAGGUCAUGUCGCUCCAUCUCAGCGGCAACCUCGUCCCUCUGCUGCGCAAUGCCGGGGCACUCUGGGUCUAAUAGCUAGCUUGGAUUCAUUGUAGCGCCUUAUGCUAGCUCUCUGUGCGAGUCAGCUGCUCGAGAUCAUCAGCUGACAAUAUAUAAGUACAUAUAGUGCUAUCGGCAAGGGGCUUCAGUAUUUUGUAAGCGUACCUGAUCAAAAAAUGUGAGGAGAGUGUUAGUGUGUUACCCUCCCCGAAAAAUGCAUACUGUGUGACAGAUGGAAGAGCUUCAUUGUGA